GAUUUUUGGAGUAUUAGUUCCCGCCAUUCUAACGUAACAUUUUGAACACAUAUCUCUCUCUCUACCUCCGUCUGAAUCCAUCGUCACUGCCACUUUCUCUUAUCUUCUCUCGUCGUUUCACAGUCAAUCAUAUCCUAUUACAAUUAUAUAUCGGAACAUAGGUCACUCGCUCUCUUUAUCAUUCCCAAUCGCCGCGCCUUUUUCCUUAUUUUCUAGGGUUUCCUCAACUUUUAUAUAUCGCUGCAACCGAAUGCGUUGUUUCUUUCAUUACACAUUACUACUCAAAUCAUGCAACAAGGUCAAGGUAAUUCAGCACAAGGUCUUCAAAUUCCUCAGCUCAAUUGGUUGCAGCAUGCUAAUGCUCACCACAAUUUCUCGUCCCAGGCCAAGUUUUUGACCUCAAAUUUCCUUUUCUCUAUUCCAACUCACAAACCUUCCUCCAACGAUGGGAGUGGCAGGUUUGUACUCCGACAAGGUCAAGAUAUUCAAAGAGCACAGGUUGAGAAGGCUUGGCAUGGUCUCUCAAGUCUACAGAUAUCUAGCAGGAAUUAUGUCCAACCUGGGAAAACUGUUAAAGUUACUUCUCAGUUUCACGAAGACCGGUCAGCAACUUCCUUCCCAGGAAGCUAUGAGAAUGACAAGAUUAGGCAUCCUGAUGUCACUGCAACUCCAAUUGUCAUUAAUCAUAGUUCUCGGGUUUUAGAUACUUCAGUGAACAAUCACACAAAGUACGCAAGCCAAACCAACAAGUCUGCAAAAUGUGUACCUGAUGAUAUUAAUGCUGACGACGAUGACAUACUCGAGAACAUUGAUGUUGACCAAAUUGUUGAGAAAUACCAAUCCUCUUGCACUCCUCAACCAUCAAUUUCCAAGUUUCCUCCUAUUACACCAAUGGCAGAUAAGGAUAAUUUUGCCAGAAAUGGGGAUAUUAAUUUGCCACCAGAGCUGUGCUUGGAUUGCAUCCAUGGGUACAAGUUAGGACUUUGCCCUGAAGCUGCAAGUCAUUUGCAGGAAUUGAAGGAUAAUCUUAUUGCUAUCUCUAAUGAACUGCUUGACAAUGUUGAAAAUCUCAGUUCGGUGCAGAUAGCAAAGCUUCGCCAAGACAGGUCACAGCUGAAUAAGCAAAUUCAGCAGCUUGAAAAAUAUAUUCAUUCCAGUAAUCUCGACGAAGAAAGACAAAAGUCACAUUUUUCUACAACCAUGGCACCACCUACAUCUUUUGUGUAUGAAACACCCCAGCGAAAUGUCAUCAGUAGUGGAUCAAAUAGAUAUGAUGGCCAGGCUUAUACGGGUAAUGGGACAUAUGGGCCGUCGUAUCAGUCUUCCUUCCUUUCAGCAGACAUGUGUGGCAUGCCGUCAGGUCCAGUAGAGAGGGAGCCAUUCAUCCCAAAGAUUAUUGAAGUUAAUUACAUCGAAGGUUCUGGAGAUAAACGAUGGAGCAGCCGGGAUUUUUCUUGGACUAAAGAGUUAGAGGUUAAUAAUAAGAGAGUAUUUGGAAAUCACUCAUUUCGCCCCAAUCAAAGAGAGGUCAUUAAUGCCACAAUGAGUGGAUGUGAUGUUUUUGUUUUGAUGCCCACCGGUGGGGGCAAAAGUCUGACCUAUCAGCUUCCAGCUCUUAUUAAUCCUGGUAUAACAUUAGUAAUUUCUCCCCUUGUGUCCCUUAUUCAAGAUCAAAUAAUGCACCUAUUGCAGGCAAAUAUACCUGCUGCUUACUUAAGUGCCAAUAUGGAAUGGGCUGAACAGCAGGAGAUCCUUAGAGAACUUAAUUCUGAUUAUUGUAAAUACAAGUUGUUGUAUGUGACACCCGAAAAGGUUGCCAGAAGUGACGUUCUUCUGCGACACUUGGAGAGUUUACAUGUUCGUGAGUUGCUUUCAAGGAUUGUAAUUGAUGAGGCUCACUGUGUGAGCCAAUGGGGGCAUGAUUUUAGACCAGAUUAUCAGGGGCUUGGUGUAUUGAAACAGAAAUUCCCAAAUACUCCUGUUUUAGCUUUAACUGCUACAGCAACAGCUAGUGUAAAAGAAGAUGUUGUGCAAGCACUCGGUCUCGUUAACUGCAUUAUUUUUCGGCAAAGUUUUAAUCGCCCAAAUUUAUGGUAUUCCAUUGUCCCCAAGACCAAAAAGUGUUUGGAGGAUAUUGACAAGUUUAUUAGGGAAAACCAUUUUGAUGAAUGUGGCAUCAUCUAUUGUCUUUCACGAAUGGACUGUGAAAAGGUUGCUGAAAAAUUACAGGAAUGUGGCCAUAAAUGUGCAUUUUAUCAUGGGAGCAUGGAUCCUGCUCAACGUGCUUUUGUUCAAAAGCAAUGGAGCAAAGAUGAGGUCAAUAUAAUUUGUGCUACCGUGGCAUUUGGAAUGGGAAUUAACAAACCUGAUGUCCGCUUUGUAAUCCAUCAUUCCCUCCCAAAGUCUAUUGAAGGCUAUCAUCAGGAAUGUGGACGAGCUGGUAGAGAUGGUCAGCGUUCAUCCUGUGUAUUAUACUACAGCUACAGUGACUAUAUUCGAGUGAAGCAUAUGUUAAGCCUAGGAGCAAUAGAGCAAAGUCCCAUGACAUCUGGAUACAGUCGUUUAAAUGGGACAAAUUCAGGAAGGAUGCUGGAAACGAACACUGAAAACCUUUUGCGCAUGGUCAGUUAUUGUGAAAAUGAUGUUGAUUGCCGGCGCCUUAUUCAGCUCGUUCAUUUUGGGGAGAAGUUUGAUUCUUCAACUUGUCAGAAAACAUGUGAUAAUUGUGUGAAGGUCACAAGUUUCAUUGAGAAGGAUGUCACUGAAAUUGCAAAACAAUUGGUUGAACUAGUUAAGCAAACAGGACAGAAGGUCUCAGCAUCUCAUUUAUUAGAGGUGUAUCGUGGUUCCUUAAGCCAGAUGGUCAAGAAACACCGGCAUGAGACUGUGCGUCUUCAUGGUGCUGGGAAACAUCUAGCCAAGGGUGAGGCUUCCCGUGUAUUGCAUCAUCUUGUUGUUGAGGAUUUUCUUGCGGAGGAGGUAAAGAAAAGUGAUUUUUAUGGAUCAGUAUCAUCAACAUUGAAGGUAAAUGAAGCAAAGGUUCAGAAUGUGCUGUUUGGUGGGCAAAGAAUUAUAUUGAGAUUCCCGUCUCUUGUGAAAGCAUCAAAGCCAGGGAAAUGUGAUCCAACUCCAGCCAAAGGUUCUCUGACAUCUGGGAAGCUGAAUCUUCCCUUUGACAUUCCUGACCAACAUCAAACUGAAGUAGACUUGAAUCUGUCAGCUAAGUUAUACACUGCUCUGCGGAUGUUGCGGACAGCUCUUGUUAGAGAAGCUGGAGAGGGUGUUAUGGCUUACCACAUAUUUGGCAAUGCUACAUUGCAGCAGAUAAGCAAGAGAGUACCGAGAACAAAGGAAGAGCUUCUUGAUAUCAAUGGCAUUAGCAAGACUAAAGUAAGCAAGUAUGGGGAUCGGUUAUUGGAAACCAUUGAGAAAACCAUAAAUGAAUACUACAACAUGGAUAAAAGCAGCAGUGGCAGCAAAGGCAGUACUGAUUCGACCAAAAGAAGACGAGAGACAAAUAGAGACCCAGAUUCAAAUGCCGAGGAUGAUGAUGAUGAGGCCUUAAUCAAAAGUACCGGUCGCUCCAAGAAAAGGACAGUAAAGAGACUAAUCAAAAAAGCUGAGGUAUAUGAUUCUGCAGAGGAAGAUUAUUACCAAGGAUGCCUUGAUGAGGAUCUAGACAACAUUGAAAACGAUGCAUUAAAUAAAUUAGCUGGUACAAAUGUUUCAGGAAGAGUACUACCUCAAUGGACAGCAUCUUGAUAUGGUGUGUUGAUUAUCUUAUUAUUGUAUAUGAAUACGGAUGUUGUUAUUGAGCUAUUGGUGAAUCAACCUUCCACUAAUUUAAGGUUGUUGGAACAAAGUUUUGUUCCAUCCAGGCAUACCAGUGGAAUGCAGAUCAACAAGAAAAACCGUGGAUAACUCGAUGGCAAUGAAAUAGUGCAACUAAGAUAUUUUUCUUUCUAAUUUGUUCCUGGCAUCAGUGUAAUUGUAUUGUAUGGAGCUGGUGAAAAGUGAGAUUUUAAUGUGAUGAUAAUAUACAGUUGGUACUCUUAAUUGGACACUGUAAUUAUGUUAUUAUUAGUCUCAAAUCUUGAUGAACAUUGUGUAAUUAUCCGGGAUUGCAAUGAUUCUAAGUAAUAAUUUUACGUAGUGAUGGGUAUAUCAA